CUGGCUCGUCGCCUCUUCUUCCACCACCCAAGCACCAUCCAACAGAGGUCACUGUCUGCUGCACGCUGAACACCUUCAUCAAGAUGGCUUCCGCACCACCCAUCUCCACUGUCUACGUCCAGAACCUCGAAGAACGCGUCAAGAUCGAGACGGUUACCGAGGCCUUGCGAACCAUCUUUUCCGAGUUUGGCAAUGUUGUCGAUAUUGUUGCCAAGAAGAACCUCAAGGCUAAGGGUCAAGCUUUUGUCGUCUUUGAGGAUGCGGACAGUGCGCUGAAAGCCAUUGACGAAGUCCAGGGAUUCGAGCUCUUUGACAAGCCCAUGAGGUUGGCACUGGCGCGCACCAAGAGCGACAAGACCGUGGCGAUGAAUGUUGGCGAAGAGGAGUUUGAGACCCACAAGCGACACAGACAGGCGGAGAAAGACAAGCGGAAGGCCCUCGAGGCAGCCGAGGAACAGAGGCAGCUCAACAAGAGAGGCCCGGGUGCCGCAUCAGACAUCAGACCGGCCAAGGCUGCCAGACCUUCAGGUUUGAAGUCAACCAGUGCCGCGACCUCGGCCGUUGUCCCCGACGAGUACCUGCCACCCAACAAGAUCCUGUUUGUCCAGAAUCUUCCGGACGAUUACGACAUCGAAGCACUGUCUGGUGUAUUCGGCCGCUUUGAAGGGUUUAAGGAGAUUAGAUUGGUGCCGGGACGACGAGGUAUUGCCUUUGUGGAGUACGAAGCAGAGCAAGGCGCUAUCACGGCGAAGGAGAAUACUGCUGGAAUGAGUUUGGGCGACAAGCCUAUCAAGGUCACCUACCAACGGCAAUAAUGACCAUGAGUUUAUAAAAGUGAAUACGAAAAGACAGCU